UUUGCUAGGACAAACCUGCUUAUUUUUCACUUUUUAAAUUUGGAGUAAUAAUCAGUUCAGGUUAGGCUGGUGAGUGCAGAGCUUAUUGCUUUUUUGGAAAUAAUAAGUUCAUGCAAGGUUAUGCGUGUGCAGGCAGACUUCCAAAGGAACUUGAGAGGAGGCUGGACUCCAGUGAUUGUUACAUAUCCUGCCAAGCUUGUUGGGUUGACAUGAGGGCUCAUGUCUCCAGAUCAGUAUGCUGUGAUAGGAGGACAUGGUGGAAAAACUGCUCACCCUUUAAAGAAUGCCCCUGUUUGCCAUGCCACUUUAUAAAAAAAUCAGGAAAAAAUCAAUUCCUUCCCACUGCAAAAAUCGUAUUCUUCAAGCUGUGUGCUUAAUGUGGGCUCUCUUAUGAAGACCAGCAAAAGAAAUGUCUUCAAAGCAUCAGUGCCAAAAAUUCCACAUGCCACUCAAGACAUUUUUGUUCUGUAUUGCUGUUGUAGGUUUGGAUGGUUAUUCAGCUGGCUUCCUGCCUGGUGUCCCACAUCACUGCUACACCUUAAAGAGGCUGAGGACAAAAUGCUAAAAUGUAUUACAAGCAUGUACAAUAAACGAUAUGUGUAUAUAUCUAAUGGAAACAAAAUAUGGACACUGACGUUCUCUCCAGACGUUUCAAAUAAAACUCCCCUUGUUCUCCUGCAUGGGUUUGGAGGAGGUGUUGGACUGUGGGCUCUCAACUUUGAAGAUCUCUGUGAGAACAGGACCGUUCAUGCUUUUGACCUCUUAGGAUUUGGGCGUAGCAGUAGACCACACUUUGACACUGAUGCUCGAGAAGCAGAAAAUCAGUUUGUGGAAUCCAUAGAAGAAUGGAGGAAGGAGGUAGGGCUAGAAAAGAUGAUUUUGCUAGGACACAACCUAGGUGGAUUCCUGGCUGCUGCUUACUCCUUAAAAUAUCCAUCAAGGGUCAAGCAUCUUAUCUUAGUGGAGCCAUGGGGUUUUCCAGAGAGGCCUGACAGUGCUGAACACGAAAGACCAAUUCCAAUCUGGAUCAAAGCACUAGGAGCUAUAUUGAGUCCAUUUAAUCCAUUAGCUGGGCUAAGAAUAGCAGGACCCUUUGGAUUAAGCCUUGUUCAACGUUUAAGACCAGAUUUCAAACGAAAAUAUUCAUCAAUGUUUGAUGAUAACACUGUGGCUGAAUAUAUCUAUCACUGCAAUGUACAAUCACCCAGUGGUGAAACAGCUUUCAAGAACAUGACGAUUCCUUAUGGAUGGGCAAAAAGGCCAAUGCUGCAACGGAUUUCACAAAUGGAUCGAGACAUUCCUGUCACAGUCGUCUAUGGAGCACGUUCGUGUAUAGAUGGCAAUUCUGGCAGCACUAUCCAGUCUCUGAGACCAAAUUCCUAUGUGAAGACAAUAGCUAUCCUCGGUGCAGGUCAUUACGUGUACGCUGAUCAACCUGAAGACUUCAACCAGAAAGUGAAAGACAUCUGUGACUCCGUGGACUGAAUGUCCUCUGUUCUUUAGAAAGUCAUACUGUAGAUAGCAUUUAAUGGCAAUACUCUCUAGGAAAUCACUAAAGAAUGCAGAGCUAAUGGAACAGGCUCUGUUUGCACACUGUUUCUUCUAAGAAGCCAUUUGCACAUUUAAACCACUGAGUGCCUAUUUUUGGGGGGAAUGAAGAGGUUUGAAUUUAACUUUGUACAGCUUUUUUUUUUUAAAUUGUCCUGUCAGAUACAAAAUUACAUGUAACUUUUGAAACUGGAAUUUUCUUCAAAAUUUAAUUGAACUUUGCACAUGUUGAACUCUAAAAAUGCUGAAUUCUCCAACGUGGAGAGCUGUAUCAAUAGAGAUACAAUGUACAAAAUGCAAUUUGGUUUCUUUGUGAACUUUCGUACUUUUUAGCUGAUGUUUCAUAGCAAGAAUAUGAAACUGCAUAUGUAUUUUAUUUUUGCAACCCAGAACUCCAUAUACAAUAUUUUAAGAGGGUUUGUUUUUUAAUUGGAAUGGUAACAGCCUAUGAAACUGAUUUUGGGAAAGGGAUGGGGCCAAAAUAAUAAGCAGUGUCUGUCACUGAAAUAUGUUUGUUAAUUUAUAAGAAAUUGAGGCUCAAUAUUAGGAGAUCUAUCUUCUAUUGGAUUUUAUAUCCAUUUAUCUCAAGACAUCCUUUUCCAUCUGUGCAACUUUUACGGAAGACUCAGUUUGUAAGAGUCGAUGAUGUCACCAGCACUCAUGCUUCCAUAAAUAUUUUUAUGUGUAGAUUUCUGUGAUUUGAAAUACAGAAGAUGGAUUGUUAGUUACUCCACCUAUUUUUAACACUUUACUGCAAGAUUUGUUACUAGUCUAAAUCUAACAAUUGUGGAUAAGCUGAUAAGAUUUUUGAUUAGGGCUGGGAGAUAUCCACCUGGAUUGUGAGCAUAUUUCCCAUUUUCUUUCAAUAGGAAGCCUAGUCCAUAUUUUAGUGAAUUCGAGCUGAAGGAAAGGCAGAGGCAGAAUAUUGAUGUUCUCUAAUUGGGAACUACAACAGCUUAAUGUAUUUUAUUUAACAUUCAGCCUCCUUAUAGGAAGGAUUAUUAUUGGAAUGAGCAAAACCACUCUAAUUAAUUGCAAUUACAUGUUUUGGAGAUUCUUUAUAUAUUUUAAUUGAGUAUUUCAAUAUCAGAGGUAGUCCAGUCUCUGCUACUUUUUGAAUUAUAGUUUGAUGUUAGUAUUUCACAUGCCUAGUAAAUUAUGUUAAGAAAAAUACUUGGUCACUUUAAAGCCAAAUAAUGUGGUGGUUUGUUUUUUAACAAGUUUACAUACAACUAUUGAUCUGUUUUUGAAUAUUCAAUUGACUACUGAAGAGUUCUUGAUACUUUUAUACAAGGAGAAUUUGAAUUAAUGGUAGCACCGUCUUAAAGCUUAAAGCUAUGUGCAUUUUUUUCUCAAAUUAAGGAAUUAUUGCACAUAUUUAUGAUGUGGAAGGCAAAGAUACCUAAAAUAUUCAGAAGAUAACGUGAUCGUGUUCCCCAGCAGAACAUAAUCUCUCUUACUGAAGGAGAUAUUUAUCUAUAUGGUGCUAUGUAAACAUCAAACAAUUUUUGUGACUGCCUUGACUGGUAGCACUUCAUAUCUAGCAAGAUAAAUAUUUUAAUUAAAAAUAAGUAUUGAAUGAAAUUGGAAAUUGCUAAUUUCCAAUUAGCAGAUGCCAGAACUGUUAAACAAAAUUUUGGGUUAUUUGCUAAAAUCUUGAGUUGAAAAUGGAAAAUCAGAAUUAUCAAUUCCAUGUUUUAAUAUAAGCUAUAAAUUAUCAGUCAUGCAACCAUUUAGGUGGAUGUCUUCUGCAUGUUGGUUAUUUUUCACCCUUUCAGUGUCUUAUUUUCUAUUUAUCAACUUAAACAGCUGGUUUAGUUGUGCUUAAAAACCUAAUGCAAAAAUAAAUUUUGAGUCUCCUCCAAAUAAUAAAAGGUGAAACAAAUUAUUGUUAUUUUCAGAUAGCACUUACUGAUGGGAAUUGUAGAUUCCACAUCAAAAGUUGGAAGUAGGGAUAAAAAUUGCACACUGGAUGUGAAUAUUGUUUUAAAUAUCCCUUGCUUAUUCAGCUUAUUGUACUAAUAAGACUUACUGCUUAUGUUUUGCACAAUAAAAAAAAAUUCUGAAAUGUUAUAUUUGAUUAAUGUUAAGACGUUAUAUUACUUUUUUUUAAAUUAUGUGCAAUUAAGCUCUGGAAAUCAAGAGUUAUUAGUAAGUUGAGGUAAACAAUCCAAAAUACGUUAAAAAUACAGUAAUGCUUA